GGAAGCCAGUGGAGGGAUUGGCGGAGAGGGGUGGAGGACACUGAGUGGAGGCCAGUGGAGGGAUUGGCGGAGAGGGGUGGAGGACACUGUGUGGAGGCCAGUGGAGGGAUUGGCAGAGAGGGGUGGAAGACACUGAGUGGAGGCCAGUGGAGGGAUUGGCAGAGAGGGAUGGAGGACACUGAGUGCAGGCCAGUGGAGGGAUUGGCAGAGAGGGGUGGAAGACACUGAGUGGAGGCCAGUAGAGGGAUUGGCAGAGAGGGGUGGCAGAUACAGAACGGUCGGCCAAUGAGGAGGGAGUUACAAUAGUCAAGGUGAGAGAUAACAAGGGAGUGAAUAAGUUG